GUGGUAUUGAUAGAUAAGCCACCUUUGAUAUUUCUUGAUAAGCUACGACUAGAUGAUGUAGCCGUGGACCCGUGGUUGAUUGUUGAUUAAUAAAGUCUAAAAAAAGAUCGACAUAAAAAUUAAAAAAAGUCCACUCCCCGUCUCCGUAGAGUCCAAAUCGUUUCAAUGGGCUUUUCUCAACAGUCCGGUCCAGUCCAGUCCACAGUCGACACCCAAAGGCGCAAAAAACGCAUCCUUUAUUUUCUUCUAUUCGGGCGGUUUGGUUUGUUGCUUUCGCCAAAUCCCAGUGAAUUCCCGAUUGAUUCUCCCCGUUUCCACCCACCCCGAUGCCGGAGUUCUAGCGGCCGCCGGUGGAUCCAGAAAUCCAGUUUCCCUUUUUUGCUCCUCCAUUUUCUCCGUCUCUUUGCUAACUUCAGAUAAUUCAUCGAUUACCGCCGCAAAAAAGGAAUACAAAUUCACGAAAAGCUGGGGAGCUUCGGGAAGAGAGGGAUCGAAAAGAAGAGAAUGGCGUUCCACAGGCGGCGCCACAGCUAUUACAACCGCCUCCGUUCUCUUCUCCCCUUGGUCUCCGCCGUCUCUGGAUUCCUCCUCAUCCUCUUCGCCAUCCUCUCGUUCCUCGCCCCUUCCCCGAGCGAUUCCGGCAACAUGUACGACAAUCGCCUGAGCCACGUGGCCGACGACGACGAGGCUGGUGCGGAGUCUGCGGCGGGAGAUAGCCUGCCUGUUUUCCGCGUGCCGGAGCGUGGUGGAGUAUUGGAUCGUGAUAUUUGGAGCUCGAGGAAUUCCAAGUUCUUCUACGGCUGCAGCAACGCCAGCCAUGGUUUUCGGAAUGCAGACGCUGUUACGAAACCAGAUCGAUAUUUGCUAAUCGCUACAAGUGGAGGUUUGAAUCAACAGAGGACUGGGAUUACAGAUGCUGUUGUUGCUGCUCGAAUUCUUAAUGCCACUCUUGUCGUGCCUAAGCUGGACCAGAAAUCUUUUUGGAAAGAUUCAAGUAAUUUUUCGGAGAUCUUUGAUGUUGAUUGGUUUAUCUCUUCACUAAAAAAUGAUGUCAAAAUCAUAAAAGAGCUACCAAGAAAGGGCGGAAAGACUUGGACUCCCCAUAGCAUGCGUGUUGCAAGGAAGUGUAGCGAGAGAUGCUAUGAAACCCGUGUAUUACCUGCUCUUUUGAAAAGGCAUGCAAUUCAGCUAGGCAAGUUUGACUACAGGCUGGCAAAUAGAUUGGAUACACAGCUUCAGAAGUUGCGAUGCCGAGCUAACUACCAUGGUUUAAGGUUCACUGAGCCAAUUCGGAACAUGGGCGAGGUGUUGGUCAACAGAAUGAGGACGAAAAGCAAGCAUUAUAUCACAUUGCACCUAAGGUUUGAACCUGAUAUGUUGGCAUUCUCUGGCUGCUACUAUGGUGGAGGUGAUAGGGAAGAUAAAGACUUGAGUGCCAUACGGAAGAGAUGGAAAACCCUGCAUGUAAGAUUCAAGUCAUGCACCUGCAACUUUCUUCUAUUGCUUUUACUGUUAACUUCCCGGUUCUCUGUCUACAUUGCAAAAACUGGUUCUGAAAGUAUAGAUCUUAGAUCUGAAGUUUCACCAACACUUGGCAAAUGUCCCGAGUCUUCUCUGAACUACUUGACUAGUUUCUUUUCGCAUGGCUAUUGCCAAAUGAGAGUUAAUGAGGUUUACUUGUUUUUGCUGUCACAGUCAAAGAACCCUGAGAAGGAAAGAAGGCACGGGAAGUGCCCACUCACUCCACACGAAGUUGGUCUUAUGUUGAGAGCAUUGGGUUAUGGCAGUGACGUCCACAUAUAUGUUGCCUCAGGAGAAGUUUAUCGAGGGGAGGAUACAUUGGCACCUCUAAAAGCGCUCUUUCCUAACUUCUAUACUAAAGAGACUCUUGCAAGCCACGAGGAGUUACAACCAUUCUCUUCAUUUUCCUCAAGAAUGGCUGCACUCGACUUCAUUGUUUGUGAUGAAAGUGAUGUAUUCGUGACAAAUAAUAAUGGCAACAUGGCAAAAAUCUUAGCUGGGCGUAGGAGAUAUUUUGGUCACAAGCCCACGAUUCGACCAAACGCCAAGAAGCUCUACCGCUUGUUCUUGAACCAGAACAACAUGACGUGGGAGGCAUUUGCUUCUAGAGUUCGCACGUACCAGAAGGGCUUCAUGGGCGAACCGAAAGAGGUUAGACCUGGCAGAGGAGAAUUUCACGAGAAUCCCCAUACCUGCAUAUGUGAUGACACGGAAACCAAGACAAGAAAGGAAUCGCCUCCUAGAAAAUUAGGAAAAGGCUAUAAUAAUGCAACCUUUGAAGGAGGAGAUUUCGAGAACCAAAACUUGGACACUGAUCCAGAUCCGCUCGAUCCAGAUACCGAAGAUGAUCAAGAUGUGGUCGAUGACAUAGGAGUUUUCAACAACACGAGUAUGGAUUACGAUGGAUUUAACUCCGAGGACCACGAGUUUGAGGACCUACUCUCCGACUGAAUCCGAAGACACUCUCUCGUCAUUUCCUGCAUAUAUGAAACCGAUCUUUCGCCUUCUGCCACGAAAGAGAGAGCUCACAUGGAGAUAUUGGUUGGACCUCCUUGUUUCAGGGAGAAGUCUUGACAGCUGCUCAAUUUAAAGAUAACUGGAGGAUUAUGCUGAACUGGGAUCAUCAUCGACAUCAUUUGUUAUCAGAGGCUUGCAGGUGAGAAACUGAAGGUCUCUGAUAAAUAUCCUUCUUUUGAAAGUUGGUGUGAAGAAAGGCCGGAAAAAAUGUAUUGGACAGGCUUGCCUUUGAUUAAUUAAGCUUCUUUCUUUGGCUAGAUAGGAUACAGAGGUUAGACCAAGGGAAAAUCCUGUAAUUUUUGUACCCUCUUUUUUGUCAACAAACCAACAAAGCAUGCCCCUUUGAGAUGGGGGUAUGAAAUCUUAGGUUAGGGAGUUUGGUUGUGUAUGCUAGCUUUUUGGAGACUGGAGUUAGGGUUUUAUACAGCUGUAGUUGAAGUUCUAUUUUGGAAGAUGUUGUACAAAGUAACUUAUAAUCUAUUGUUUCAGUUUCUAGUUUCUAUGGUAAUGCCAUUCCUCGGCCUUUUCUAUUUGUAGUCUUCAUCUUUGCUCUAC